CCGGCCUCGGCCCCGCCCCUUCCGGCUCCGUCCCUUUAAGGCCCCCGAGGCGCGGCGGCGGCGGCGUUGCCGGCACUGGAUGACCAUAAAUGAACAAUGUCUGUACCACGUGGAGCUGUCCAUGCAAAAUGGAUAGUAGGGAAAGUAAUAGGAACCAAAAUGCAGAAAACUGCCAAAGUGAGAGUGACAAGGCUUGUGCUAGAUCCUUACUUACUAAAGUUCUUUAACAAACGAAAAACCUAUUUUGCCCAUGAUCCAUUGCAGCAGUGUGUUGUUGGAGACAUUGUUCUUCUGAAAGCUUUGCCUGAGCGAAGGAGCAAACAUGUGAAACACGAACUGGCUGAAAUUGUUUUCAAGGUUGGAAAUGUCAUAGAUCCAAUAACAGGAAAGCCCUGUGCAGGAACCAGAUUCCUUGAAAAUCUGCCAGAUUCGGAAAAUCUGACUGAGGCCGAUACUACCUACCUAAGUGAAAAACUUCAGGAACUUAAAGUUUGUUCAACAGACAAAUAGUGGGGAAAAUAUUUCAACAGAGGGCUUUUCAGCUUGUCUCUGUCAGGGAUGUUUGGCCCUGCUGUUGUAUGUUAAAUGUUUCAGUGAAAUCUGUAGUCAAAAUAAAUAGUAAAUAUAGUUGCUUAUAAGAACAGAUGUUACAGAUUAAUAGGUACCUCCAAUCUUUAAAUUAGAGAAAAUAUGAGUUUAGUGUUAACACUUCAUCUUGUUGCAUGUAGUUUUACCCCAAGCCAUGAUAAUUUCAAAAGCCUGUUAGAAUGAUUUCUGUGUUGAGAAAGACAAGAAUAUAACAAGAAUAUAACUCUAUAUAAUCUUUAAGUUUGGUGGGAGCAUCUUUAUAUUAUUUGAUUGUUCUGUAUUUCAGACAGUCUUUUGUGGUUUGUAGGAUUACUUAAUGCUAUUAAACUUUUUGAAAGGAAGUGUAGAAUUUUAAAACCA